CCCUCCUCCGCCGCCGGGCGCGCGCCGGGCGGUGCAGCUCUGCCGGGUCCGAGGACAGCUCAGCGGCGGCGGUAGCGGUGGCCGCGGCUGCGACCGCGGCGGGAGGGGCCCGGAGCCCCGCCCCCGGGGAGGAGCCGUCCUGCAGGUCUCCUCUCUGUCCUCCACAGCCCCAACUCCACGCUGGGAUGAAAUUUAGCGGCGAGAAGGACGCAGUGGACUGAGACCAAGCCAAAAAUCCGGGUAAAGGUUCCUGUGCCAGCAAGAUGCUGGAGAGGGGCGCGGAGCCCGCGGCCAGGACCACCGAUCCUAGUUCCAAGGGCAAGGAACCGGUGACCAAAGGAGGAGUUCCCCACCAGGGCCCACCGCAGAAGCCCAGCCAGUCGGCUCCAGGGCCCAUCGCGUCAGGGGGCGCGCCCUCCCGGCCCCGCCGGCGGCCCCCGCCCCAGCGCCCGCACCGCUGCCCCGACUGUGACAAGGCCUUCUCGUACCCGUCCAAGCUGGCCACGCAUCGGCUAGCACACGGCGGCGCCCGACCCCACCCGUGCCCCGACUGCCCUAAGGCCUUCUCCUACCCCUCCAAGCUGGCAGCCCACCGCCUCACGCACAGCGGUGCCCGCCCACACUCGUGCCCACACUGCCCGAAGGCCUUUGGCCACCGCUCCAAGCUGGCGGCUCACCUCUGGACCCACGCGCCCACCCGUCCCUACCCGUGCCCUGACUGCCCCAAGUCCUUCUGCUACCCUUCUAAGCUGGCGGCCCACCGCCACACGCACCACGCCACGGACGCCCGCCCCUACCCUUGCCCACACUGCCCCAAGGCUUUCUCAUUUCCCUCCAAGCUGGCCGCCCAUCGCCUCUGUCACGACCCACCCACAGCUCCCGGCAGCCAGGCCACAGCCCGGCACCAAUGCUCCAGCUGCGACCAGGCCUUUGGCCAGAGACGCCUCCUGCUCCUGCAUCAACGCAGCCACCACCAGGCGGAGGGCCAGGGGGAGAGAGGGUGAGCUGUCCCGUUGGCUCACUAGCCCCCUUAGGUCACCAGCCUUGGUCAAUACAGGUGGGAUUUCUGAGCCUGGCUACAUGAGCUUGCCUGUUCCAGACAGCUGCCAGGAGAAACUGGCCAUUUAUACUGGGCUCAAAUUUAGAAGACCAAGGAACUCUUUGCUCACCUGCCACAGGGAGGGGAAGGUGUCAACCACAGAGUUUUAGUACUGGGUCCCAAAUGAUAGAUCCGGAGCAGCGGUUUGACAGUGCUAGCUCUGGUUCUCCCCACCCACUUAUAUGGCAAAGGUCUGCUACCAUCCUUGGUUGGUGAGGAUUGUGGGCAAACAGGCCCUUUCUUUAUUGUUGUUGAAAGUUUAAAUUGGUGUCUCCAUGUUGGCCAUAUGACUUUAUCUAAAAAGUUUAAAUAUACACAUGCUUGUUUCAACCAUUCCACUUGUAGGAAUUUAUUCCAUAAACUCACAUGUGAAAAGGCAUAAAGGUAAGGAUGUUCACUGCAGUGUAAAGGUUGCAGCCAAAGAUUGGAAACAAUUGAAGUGUCCAUUAAUAAGGGACUAAUUCAUGAAUUGUAACGUAGCCAUGAAAUGGAAUAUGUAGCUGUAGGAAAAAAGCACUCUGUAUGUACUGAUGUGGAAAGAUUCGCAAGACACACUAGGUGAUAAAAGCAAGAACAAAGGCAAAAUAAUAGAGACGGUCCCCAACUUACAAUGGUUUGCCUUACAAUUUUUCAACUUUAUGAUGGGUUUAUCAGUAUGUAACCCCACUGUAAGUCAAGGGGCAUGACUAUAUAUUUUUCGGUUUUGCAGUGUACAGUGUCUGCUGCAGUUACUCAGCUCUGCCACUGAGGCAGAAAAGCAGCCACAGACAUUAUAAUACGUAAAUGAGUGUGCCAAUAAAACUUU